CCGAGGGAUAUGGGAGGCGGGGAGUUGGGAUGCUGGCGCGGACGGGAGGCAGAAAUAGUGAGAAGGCGUGGGUCGGAGACCAGGAGACCGGAGACGGGGACAAGGGGACAGAGCCCUGGGAACCUGAGGGUGCGCGGUGUGCCCGGAAGGUGUGCAGGAGGCGCGGGGGAGCUGUGAGCGAGCGAGGCAGCGCUGCCCCCGCCUGCUUGGCCCUGAGAGCGUACCGAUCGGGCACCCCGACCCUGGGUGGGGGGGAAUGGCCGGGGAAGGGACAUCAGCCUGCUCGCCCAUCCUGCUGGGUUCCGAGCGGUGGUCUCUGGUCUCCGUGGCGAGGUGGAUUCUGUUCCCCACACACCGAGAAGCGACGCGAGCAGGUGCACCCCACACUGCGGGAAAGUUUCCAUCCAGGCUUUGGCUCUGCGCGUGCCCAGCCGUCGACAGCUCGCUGGAGGAAUUUAGCCGUGCUCUCUCUGCGCCCACACGUGGCCUUCUUCACGAUCACGUGGGGUAGUUAGCCACGAUUUACCCAUAGCAGAGUGAACAGGAGAAGCGGGAUCGCCUGGAAGCCCAGCGGGAGAAGCAGAAGAAGCUGAUCCUGCAGCUCAAGACCCAGCUGGAUGACCUGGAGACGUUUGCCUACCAGGAGGGCAGCUACGACUCCUUGCCGCAGUCUGUGGUCCUGGAAAGACAGCGGGUGAUCAUAGAUGAGCUCAUAAAGAAGCUGGACAUGAAUCUGAAUGAGGACAUCAGUUCCCUGUCCAUGGAAGAACUCCGUCAGCGUGUGGAUGCAGCCGUGGCUCAGAUCGUCAACCCAGCCCGAGUGAAAGAGCAGUUGGUUGAGCAGCUGAAAACCCAGAUCCGAGACCUCGAGAUGUUCAUCAACUUCAUUCAAGAUGAAGUGGGAAGCCCCUUGCAAACGGGUGGUGGACAGUGCGAGUGCAAGGCCAGCGGGAAGACAGGAAAUGGGUCCAGCAGGACGGGGAGCAGCAGGCUGCCUCCAGGAAACAGCAAAAUGAAGGCAGAAGAUGUGAGGAGGGCCCGGGAGACAGGGCUGCACCUGAUGCGGCGAGCGCUGGCAGUGCUGCAGAUCUUUGCUGUUAGCCAGUUUGGUUGCACCGCAGGCCAGAUCCCUCAAUCCCUGUGGCAGAGGGGCCAGGCCGACAGAGACUAUGCACCCUUGUUGAAGAGGCUGGAGGUGUCUGUGGACAGAGUGAGGCAGCUGGCCUUGAGACACCAGCCGCGCGACCACGUCAUCACCUCUGCCAACCUCCAGGAGCUCUCUCUGGGAGGCAGGGAUGAGCUGACCACGGCUGUCCGGAAGGAGCUGACCGUGGCUGUGAGGGACCUGCUGGCCCACGGACUGUACGCCUCCUCCCCGGGGAUGAGCCUCGUCAUGGCCCCCAUUGCUUGUUUGCUGCCAGCCUUCUCCUCAGCCCCCGAGGCCAUGCACCCCUGGGAGCUCUUUGUAAAGUACUACCAUGCUAAGAACGGCCGCGCAUACGUGGAAUCCCCAGCCCGGAAGCUCUCCCAGUCCUUCGCCCUGCCUGUUACAGGAAGCGCUGUUGUGACCCCCAAACAGAGCCUGCUGACGGCCAUCCACGUGGUGCUGACAGAGCAUGACCCUUUCAAGCGCAGUGCAGACUCGGAGCUGAAGGCCCUGGUGUGCAUGGCGCUGAAUGAGCAGCGCCUGGUGUCCUGGAUGAAUCUCAUCUGCAAGUCAGGCUCUCUCAUUGAGCCCCACUACCAGCCAUGGAGCUACAUGGCCCACACCGGCUUUGAGAGUGCCCUCAACCUACUCAGUCGCCUCAGCAGCCUCAAGUUCAGCCUCCCCGUGGACCUAGCCGUGCGCCAGCUCAAGAACAUCAAAGAUGCCUUUUAAUGAGGGUGCCCUGACUAGACCAGCACCUUGCUCAGAAGAGACAGAUGCAUCAGCCUUCAGGACAGGAGCAAGGGCUCAGAGGAGGGGCUAAAGACGUGCUUCCCUAGACCCUGCUGAGUGGCCAGCCAAGUAAGAGCAGAGUCUGUUUUCUCCACCAACUUAGCACCCGGGAAAGAAGUGCUGGAGACCCUGCUGUUGGAGAGGUUCUGUCCUAGUGUGUAACGAUGGUUUCCACGUGGGAAACCACGUGGGAAUCCACGGUAUCCACAUGUUGUAGGGCCUUACAGGAAUCCAUCAUGGCACACAGCUGAUGCCCCAGCUCACCAUGCCACAUCUGAUUUUUAGAAAACCUGGGUUGGUCUAACCAUUUUCUUUAUGGCAGUGAGUGAGAACACGAGUGAGUUGCCCGUCAGGGAAGACACUCAGCUUUAGGCUUCUGUUAGAGUUGGGAGCCGCCAUCUUUCCCUUGAAGCAGGCAUAAGAGUCCUGAAGCCAGAAUGAAUUCCUUCUGUGUGGACUGAUUCCCCUAAGCUCAGGGGGGAUGCUCCAUGGCUGCCUGUGAACUAGGAAUAUCUGGGGACAGGUUUCUAAGGGGUUAACCACAAGCCAAUGGUACUAGGAGCCCCUUUUCUUGUAGACAUGGGAACAGAAAUCUGGCUGACAGUGCAGUGCUUUUCAUACGGCACAGGCAGUGGUCUUGCUGUUCACUGGCAGUGCGAGCCCGUGCCUGGUACUGGGACCUCCGGCAAGCAGACUCUCGUGCAACUCCCAGCAAGUCUGGCGCAGUCUUGCUAGAUGUGGAACGUACUCAAGAGCCGCUUAUCGAGAGAAUUCUUGCCACUCGCUUUGCAUAUGAGUCCGUGUCCUCGGCAGCUGCAGCAUUGCUCCUGGGUUGUGACCGGCCAGGCACCCCUUGUUCCCGGAGGCCGAGGGGGUCUGACCUCACCAUAGGUACUGCAGCUGGCCCUGGCACUGUGUCAGAUCACUGUAGAGCAGGGGCGGAGUUCUCCCUCAGUAUUUCAGCCUUGUUUGUUCACAUUUGUCAUUCAGCUUACCAUAGGUACUGCUCCAGAACUGACCACAGGUGGGCAAGAUACCGAUUCAGCAUUGGUGUCCUGUAUUAAGUUGCCAGCUGCACUUUGUAUCUGCACUGUUACCUGGUGCAUUUUAACUUAAUUCUUUUCAGGAACAUGUUACUUAUUUAAGAUGCGUUAUUGAUACUUCCUUAGAUUAAUCUGCCUUCCCUGUGAGACAGGAUGGGUGUAAAAUGUUAUGAGAAAUGACGAAUAAAAUCCUGGUAUUUUGGUAGUUGCUCUGCAAA